AUGAAGAUGAAGCACAACCUCUGGACACUUCUGCCUUUCGCAGCAGCCGCUGUGCAGACGGCUCUAGCCGCAGCGACACCCAUUCGUCGUGAUGCAUGGCCUUAUGGGCCUCUCUCUACCAACGGUAAUCAAAUCAAGAACGCCAACGGUGAGCCCGUAAUCUUUGUCGGAACCAACUGGCCCGGCUCGGGAGAAACCAUGCUUCCAGAGGGCAUCGAGUUCCGGUCGAUCGCCGACAUUGUUGGCAUGAUGAAGUACGUUGGGUACAACUUUGUGCGUCACACGUAUGCAAUUCAGAUGAUCGACCAGAUCUACGAAAAUGACGGCAACGAUGUCACUGUUCAAUCUGCGCUGCUCGACGGGUUGGGCGAGGCCAAUGCUACUCGAAUCAUGGGGAUGAUCCACGAAAACAACCCACAGAUCACCAACACCACGACGCGGCUCGAAGUGCUCGACAUGAUCGCCGAGGAGGAGAAAAAGCAGGGCAUGCUUAUGCACCUCGACAACCACGUCAGUCGAGCCUUGUGGUGCUGCAGUCACGACGAUGGUAACGCGUGGUUCGACGACUUGUACUUCAACGUCAGCAACUGGCAUCGUGGUCAUCGCUACAUGGCCGAGUGGGCUAAGAAUCAUACCAACAUCGUUUCCAUGUCGCUUCGAAACGAGCUGCGCAAGUCGACGAUCAAGUCGGACCUGGAAUACAACUGGGUGACGUGGUGGGGCAACGUUUCGCAAGCCGCUGAAAACAUACAUGCUACCAAUCCAGAUCUGCUCAUCACGAUCAGCGGAUUGGACUACGACAUCGAUCUCUCGGCGCUUACGAGCCAAGCCAACCUCCUCGACGCUCCUUACGUCAACAAUGACAUGAAUUAUGUCUCCAAUGCUCAGUCGAUGCCCGCCAUGUACGCAGACAUCGAAAACACUGAGUUUGGCAAGGCGAAUAAAGCCGUGCUUGAGCUUCACGCGUACAAGCAGUCGACCUACUAUGGAAACCAUCUCGAGGACUGCGGUGCUAUUCAAGCGGGUCUCUACCGAUUCGGAUUCAAUGCGCUCGGCGAAUCCGCUCGUCCUGAUGGCUGCAAUAAUUCGACCGAUUUCUCUAAUCCGUACAGCUGUCCGAAGGCCAAUGUGACUCUGCCUACGCUGCUGACGGAAUUCGGCGAUGCCAUGGACUCAAGCUACGCCAAUGUGACGAUGCAAAAGUGCCUGCGCGACUUCACCACGAAGAACAAGAUCGGAUGGGCCCAUUGGUCGCUGGCGGGGAGCUACCGCACCCGACAGGGCGUGAGCUUCUUCAAUGACACCUGGGGGCUGACCAACCCGACUUGGAACGAGUAUCAGAGCAAGGACACGGUGGACAACUUCUUCCGUCCUUGGAUCCAAGACAUGGGACCGACCAAUCUCGAGCUCUGA